AUGAACGCUCUCCAGCUACGCGCCAUCCCUCGCAUCUCGCCCGCAUCUCUUGGCCUCCGCCCUGCCCCCACUCAGAUCACCCGGCUCUACGCCACGCAGAACGACCUAGGCACUGGCCCCAAGAGUCCUUUGUCACGGAAAAGGAGCGUCACUGUUUUGUCCGGCGAUGGAAGAGUACAAUGGGGGGACUUGAGCCGUGGCGAAAAAGUUGCGCGAACAACGCAGCAAUCCUUCAACUUUGUGCUUGUGCUGGCCGGAGCAGUGCUGACGGGUGGAGUCUUCACACUUUUCUACCUCGAGGUGGUCUCGCCCAAUAGUCGAACAUGGCAGUUCGAGAAAGCAGUUUCGCGCAUCAAAGAUGAUCCCGAGUGCAUAAAGCUUCUCGGUGAUCGGAGGGAGAUUCAAGCAUACGGCGAAAACACCCGGAGUAGAUGGGCUCGUAACAGACCCAUUGCAUCGCGAACCGAAAAGGAUCGUUUGGGGCGUGAGCACCUUCACUUGCACUUCCACGUCGAGGGCCCUCUCAACUCCGGCGUGGUCGUGGUGCACAUGAUGAAGCCUCUGGACUCGAGUAAUUACGAGUACCAGCUUUUGGCGUUAGACGUCAAGGGCCACUCGCGUUAUGUUCUUGAAAAGGCAUCCGAGAAGGCUAAUGUGACUAGUGCUUUGAAGCUCUUCGGUAUUCAAUGGCGCUGA